AAACAUUUUGCUCCAGUCAGUCAGUGGGGGAGGGUUUAUUUAGUGAGCAGCAUCUGGACGCUGGACGGGCCUCUGCUCUGUCCGUUCUGUGCUCAUCACUUACAUAAGUUACACUGUGUCUGGUGUCAGAAUAGACUAAAGUUACCAGGGUUGUGCUGACAGCUCUGUCAUACUUAUGAUGGAGUGAUAGAGAAGCUCAGCUUAGAAAUGGAUGCCUCUCUUCUUAAAUCUCCACUGCCAUCCCCGGCAUCACCUGUCACCUGUUUAUAUUUCUCUGCAUCUGGGCACACCAUUCAUCCAGUGUCCUCUUCUUCAGUGCCUAGUUCCUCCCCUUCAGCAAUGACUUCACCCCCACAUCACGCCUCACAGACAGGUCGAUCCCAGCUGAAUGCUGCCAGCAAUUCCCACACUGCCUUUCCAGGACAAUCAUCUUUUCCUCUACAGGGUGAAAUCCCAGAGGAACUGAGCAUAGAUGAUCUUAAACAGAGGGCAAAGAAUGGAGACACCAAAGCACAGACAGAGAUUGGCAGAUAUUACCUGAGAUUAGCUGAGCAAGAAGAUGAGGAAGUGAAUUCUGUUACUGCUGUUACAUGGCUGCUCCAGGCGGCCAAAAAUGGACGGAAAGAUGCGGUGAAACUGCUACAGCGCUGCCUGCGUGAAAAAAGGGGCAUCACAGCUGAGAACAGAGAGGAGGUUUGUUCCCUGGCAUGUGAAUCUCGUUUUCAGCGCAGUGUAAGGAAAGCAGCUCUGUUAAUGUACUGGAAACUCAAUCCAGAGAGGAAGAAAAACAUCACUGCCGCUGAACUUCUGGAAAAUGUGAGCCAGCUCAACACUGAGACAGAUGGUGCUCCCAGCAGCCCUCUCUCAACCCCAACACAGAAACAAAGAAAGGUUUUGGAGAGUUUGGUCUCAAGAGAUGGGAUUGAUUAUGUUGGCGUAGAGAAGUUUGUUGAGAAUACUAAACAAUACGCUGAGGGUAUUUCCCCAACUCCUGCCAUGGAAGGGGUCGCGGGUGAUGAUGAUGAUGACGAUGAUGAAGGGCCAGUAAAGAACCCAGAUGAACUACCUUUGCAUCAGAAGGUGUUGAAAUUUCCUCUUCAUGCAGUGAUGGAGGUGAAAGAAGUGUUGAUUGACUGGGCGUCACGUGCAGGCAUGCAGUGGAUUAGCGCUCUCAUACCUACUCAUCACAUCAAUGCCCUCAUCUUCUUCUUUAUCAUCUCCAACCUAACCCUGGAGUUCUUUGUCCUUGUCAUUCCCCUCAUUAUAUUCUACCUCUCCUUCGUGUCAAUGGUAAUCUGCACACUCCGAGUCUUCCAGAACACCAAGGCAUGGGAGAACUUUCGAGCGCUGACGGCCAUGUUGUCUCAUUUUGAACCAGGGAUCGACCUUAAGCAGGCCGAGUCCAACUUCACAUGGAACCACCUUGAGCCAUAUCUCUACUUCCUCCUUUCUGCGCUUUUCCUCAUCCUUUCAUUUCCUGUGGCAGACAAGUCCUGGUUGCCAUGUUCGGAACUGGCUACGGUUGCAGUCUUUUUCACUGUAAGCAGCUACUUAAGCCUGCGACCAACAGCGCAGCAGCAUGCCAAAUGUGCCCUGCUUACCCAGAUUGCCUCCGCCAUUUGUGCAUUCAUGAAUCAGUUGCUGGGGGGCUGGGUGGGUCGUAUAGUUGGUGGCGCUUGGUUCAGUAUGCACCUUGGUGAUCAGUUGGUAAUGCAUGUGGGUGUACCUUGUGUUCUGUAUCUCUACCUCCUCUACCUGUGUUCACGUAUGGCCACAGCAGGUGGUGCACGUGGCACCUACUGUGUGUUGCUGCCCUACCUGGUGUGCUUCAUCUGGUGUGAACUGUCCGUCACGCUGUUGCAAGAGUCCACUGCAUUAGGGCUUGUGCGCACAGCUGUGGGUUACCUCCUUUUCUUCUUUGCUUUGCCUGUGUUAUCACUGGCUUUAGCAGCUGCAAUGCUGGUGCAGCUAGUGCAGUGGUUUCUCGCACUGGAACUGACCAAAAUGGUUGUAACGUUAUGCAUUUGUGUGCUACCUGUCCUGCUGCGCUGGUGGACACGUUUUAGCGUGUCGCCCUUAGCAGUGCUGCGCUCUUUGAGGCAAAGCAGUGUGGUCAAGUUGAUCCUUGUGUGGAUUUCAGCUCUGGUGCUCUUCAGUUGGUUCUACGUGUACCGUUCGGAGGGGAUGAAGGUAUACAACUCCACCCUGACUUGGCAGGAGUACAGCAACCUGUGCGGUCCUCGUGCCUGGAAGGAGCGUAACAUGGCACAUGCCCAGAUCCUCUGCAGCCACUUGGAGGGACACCGGGUGACGUGGGAGGGCCGGUUUAAGUACGUUCGCGUCACUGAGAUUGAGAACGGCGUGCAAGCUGUCAUCAACCUUCUGCCUGUCUUUAUAGCAGACUGGGUUCGAUGUUUUUACGGUGAGGAGUAUCCUGCUUGUGAAGAGACCCAGACAGGACCUGCUGAACCACUUUGUCAGCUCAAGGCCCUUGCAAAGCACAGGUGCCAUGUCAAACGUUUCGACUACUACAAGUUUGAAGUAACUAUGGGGAUGCCGCAGAAGGGGCGCAAUGGAGCACAAGAUUUUGAUGAUGCCACCAAAGACAUUGUGCUGCGGGCUAGUAAUGAAUUUCGCCGCGUCCUUCUGGCACUCAGCUCAGGUAGCGUGGUGGAGUUCAGCACGGUACUUGAGGGUAGACUGGGCAGCAAAUGGCCAGUGUUUGAACUCAAAGCUUUGCGCUGCAAGACAUGUGCCUCACCGCUUGUACCAAUACAACGACAGGUCAAGAUCGAGCAGGACUGGAGGGUUAACGCCAGAAAAGCCUUUGCGUUCGCCUUCAAUUUCCUGUUCCACCCUCUGCUCUCAGCUGAGGUGGACAGUACUGUAGCUACUACAGAUGUAUCUGUGUGAAGCUAGUUAUUGUCCAUUAGCAUACACUGCAGUAUUAGACUGAAUUUCGAAGUGCAAGGAGACUAUUGAUAUUUGAUAAAGUGCUUUUGAUAAAAGCGCUAUUAAAAGGCCAGAGGCGCUGUCAUCUUGUUUUGUCUGUUCCAAGUAUGAAAGUUAAUGGCUUUCUGUAGCACCUACAGUAGAGAUGCCCGUUUCUGUUCCUGGAUGGCCACGAUCCUGCAGAGUUUAGCUCCAGGCUGCUCCAAUACAAAUGCCUUGAAAAAUCUUAUAAUCCUGAUGACCUUCAUUAACUGGUUUAGUGUGUUUAAUUAGAGUUGAAGCGUGAAAGUGGUCCUCCAGAAGCAGACUUGGACACCCCAGUGCUACACAAACCAAAUAAAAUACCACUACAAUCCCUGAACUAUUUAAUUCCCCUUUAACUAUUUAAUCAAAUGUUUAGGAAUAUGCAUAUCAUGGGGAAAUUAAAAGCCAUGCCUAAAUUUCCAAAAACCAGUGCAUCUAGACUCACUAAAUUUUCUACAGUGAGAGGUUACUGUACAUUAGCUUUCUCAUGUUUUACUGAUUAUAGGGCUUUUGAAUGUCUGAUAUUAUAUUUAAUUUAGUUGAUGUUUUGGAAGAUAAUUCAUUACUAUUUGGGUGUGUGCAUGUGUGUAUUUUAUUGUUAUUAUGCCUUAGAUUGGUUCAAAAGUAUCUUUUGAAGAUUUAGGUAACUUACAUUUUAGGGCAUAUAGAACAAAUUUGAAAAUGAUUAAUGAUUUUUCUGUGAAAAUACUGUACAGUACUAUAGAAGUUUUUCUUAGAUAUGCCUUAAGAUCUUAUUUUCUAUAAGUUUGGGAUUAUUAUUGUCAUAUAUAUUAAUAUUAAGAUAUAUUUGAGAUUUAAGUAGACAUUUCAAAUCUUAAACAUUGCUGAAAAGAUGUUUGAUUGUUUGUGGCUGCAUUGAAGGUACAAUCUGACCAUUACAAUGCACAAUAUUAAAACACUGUACUUAGUGACUGAAUUUGUCCUGUGUGAAAAAUCAGCCCUUUUAUAAAUUUUAUUUGCAGUAUUAUAAAUAUGUGAAUGUGCCACCACAGCAUUAUAUAACAGUCAGUACUUAAGUGCCACUCACAUUUAUCAUUCCUAUAUAAACCAAAGAGAAGCCACCCACACAUGUUCGCAUAUCAGCUGUGUUAUCUCCAUUUACUGAAAUACACUGUCUGUGUUUUCCUUUCUGUCCUGCUAUGAUUUCAGUAAAUAUUCCACUUUAUCUUACA